AUUAUGAGGCCAUCUAUGAAGAAAACAGACGCCGAUUGGUGGACUCUUACGUUGAAGUGUACCGGAAGCGAGGGAAUCCUCUUUAAGUUCGCCCUCUGUCGAGCGCUCCAUUCACAGCACAGAAGCGUCCUUGGCGGUACAGUCACUACUGGAUGUCCUAACCGCAGAAAACUAGGAAGAAGCGUCAAAAUGGUGAAGAUAUCUUUUCAGCAAGUAACUGUACAGAAGCCGGAAAAGGAGAACGAUGGAGACAAAGAGGAAAUUCACAUGCCCUACUCUCACCAGGAUGAGUUGGUGCUCCCGGUAAGAUCUAAGAAGUCGCCCUUUAGUGGCCUUUGGUGCGUCGUGCUCGGCUUGGUGAUCUUCCUGUCAGGCUUGAUCAUGGCGUCUGUAUUCCUGUACCGAUACUACUUCAGCCCGCAGAUCCCAGAGGACAGUUUGUUCCACUGUCGGGUGAUGUACGAGGACCCCCUGUUCGCCCCAUUACUCGGAAGACAGGAGCUAGAGGAGAACGUGGGCAUCUACCUGGAUGACAACUACGAGCAGAUCAGCGUGCCUGUGCCCGACUUUGGAAGCAGCGACCCAGCUGACAUCAUUCAUGACUUUCACAGGGGACUCACAGCUUACUACGACAUUGCGUUGGAUAAGUGCUAUGUUAUUGAACUCAACACGACAAUCGUCAUGCCGCCCAGGAACCUGUGGGAGCUGCUUGUCAAUGUCAAGCGGGGGAUGUAUUUGCCCCAGACCUACAUCAUUCAGGAAGAGAUGGUGGUGACGGGGCGUGUUAGGAACAUGCGUCAGCUGGGACCCUUCAUCCACCGGCUCUGUUAUGGAAAAGAAACCUACAGACUGAGGCGGCGUAGCGGCCAAAGACGUGUCGAUAAGAGGGAGACCAGGAACUGCCACAGCAUCCGGCACUUUGAGAACACGUUUGUCGUAGAGACAAAGAUUUGCGACCGACUCCUGCUGUAGUUUCCCUCCGUUCUUCUCAACUCUACUGAGCAAAACCCAAAACUGUCCCUUCCCCAUCUGUCCAGCUUAACAGCACUUUAUCAGCAUGAUAAACCUGUACAUAAUGUUCGAUAAUGCCAUACUAGUGUGUUUGUUUGUUGAAAAUUACUUUUUUCACCCAAGUGUUUUUUUGUUUGUUUGUUUUUUUUGUCUUUGUCUAAAUUAGAUUUUGAUUUGCAUAUUCGGAAGCACACUGUCUAGUUUGUAGUUUCAUUUCACUCUCAGGUUAUUUGUAUUUUAUUUUAUUAAUUUUUUUCGGUCCCACUUUAUAUUAGGUGGCCUUAACUAAUAUAAAGUGGGACCAUUUUUUUUUUUUUUUUUUCAGUGGGGAGGUUUCCUCUAAUAUAACUGUGAGAUUAGUCUCAGACAUCUGGCAUGCACUGACGAAUGAUUUGCAUUUUGUUUUUUCUUCCUCUGUAAAAGCCUCGGUUUGUGUAGACUGAUGGUUUUUGUGGCCCGUUUCACUUAUUCAUUAUUUUCUGUGUUCGCUAAGAAAUCCAGUAUUAGAAAAUUGUCUUCAAUGCCAAAAGAUGUAUACCUCAUAUUUUAGAAAUGUAUGACUUUAAGCCUGUUAUUUAAGUCAUAGCGUGAGUUUUUGAACGUGAUAUAAGCAAUAUAAGUUUUCUUAUCUUGGAUUUCCUAACUUGACAUCCAAUUGUUUGUAGUAUUGUUGGUUAUCUGAGCAGAUUAUCAUGUUCAAAUUUUCUUUGUUGCUCUUUAAUACAUGUGAAUAAAGUUUGUAGAAAAAUGUGAAAAACUA